CCCCGCGUCUUCCUCGUGCGCGAGAUGCUCAGCGAGUUCGAGUGCGACCACAUCAUCGAGCUCGGGACGAAGGUCGUGCGCAAGUCGAUGGUCGGCCAGGGCGGCGGCUUCACGUCGAAGACGCGGACGUCCGAGAACGGCUGGCUCCGGCGGUCCGCGUCGCCCAUCCUCGAGAACAUCUACAAGCGCUUCGGGGACGUGCUGGGCAUCGACCACGACCUGCUGCGGUCCGGCAAGAACGCGGAGGAGCUCCAGGUCGUCCGCUACGACCGGUCGCAGGAGUACGCGCCGCACCACGACUUCGGCGACGACGGCACGCCCCAGCAGCGCUUCCUGACGCUGCUGCUCUACAUCCAGCUCCCGGAGGAGGGCGGCGCGACGUCCUUCCCGAAGGCGAACGACGGCAUGGGCGUCCAGGUCGUCCCCGCGCGCGGCGACGCGGUCCUCUUCUACUCCAUGCUCCCCGACGGCAACGCCGACGACCUCGCGCUCCACGCGGGCAUGCCCGUGCGCAAGGGCCAGAAGUGGGUCUGCAACCUCUGGGUCUGGGACCCGCACCGCCACGGCCACUAG